AUGUCGUCGCCCAACUCUCGCAAGCGUGCUGCUCCGGGCGCCAACCCACUGCCCACUGGUCCAAUUCAGCAGGCCCCUCAGCAGUAUACGACCCAGGACCCCAUGAUGCACUGGAACGGAAUGGCUGCCAAUGGCAACAACUUUGCAGAUGUCUCCAACCAGUACAUGUCCGUUCAGCCUCAGAUUCAGCCUCAGAUUCAGCCUCAAGUCCUGCCCCAUGCUCAAUCAAAUGCCGUCGCACUUCGCGACAACAGCAGCCGCGCCCUUGUCUCGACCGCUCCCCACCCCGUCUUCGACGCCCAGCCUGAGCAGUGGUCCAACACCGAGACUGCCCUGAUUCCUGCUACCAAUGCUCGACCCCUCGAGGACGAUCCCGAGCAGCAGCUGCGCGAUGCGCUGGCCCGCGCCCGAAAGAUCGAGGAGGAGGCCAAGAAGGAGGGUUCCAACCAGAAGAGGGCUAUACCCCCCUUCGUACAGAAGCUGGCAAGUUUCCUGGACAAUGGCAAGAACAGCGACCUUAUCCGCUGGUCCGAGAAGGGUGACUCGUUCAUUGUCCUCGACGAGGACGAGUUCGCCAAGAAGCUGAUCCCCGAGAUGUUCAAGCACAACAAUUAUGCAUCCUUCGUCCGUCAGCUCAACAUGUACGGCUUCCACAAGAAGGUCGGCCUGUCCGACAACUCGAUGCGUGCGAGCGAGAAGAAGAACAAGAGCCCCAGCGAGUACGCGCACCAGUACUUUCGUCGUGGCUACGACAUCCUUCAGUGGCUCAUCCAGAAGCCCAACAAGGGUUCGGGCAAGCGGAAGCAGGCGAAGAACAGGGACAUGCCAGAUGUCAUGGAGGCCGAUAGCGACGACGACUUCAUGGACGAUGGCACCCAAACUUACGCGGUUUCUGGUGCACCCAACAAGUCUUCUUCUUACGGUCGCAACGAGUCUGGACCGCUCGCCAAGCCUGCUGAGAUGGGUAAGUUCCGCGAGCAACUGGCCGAGGUUCAGCAGAAGCAGCAGCAGGUACUGGCGAUGAUCCACAACCUGCGCCAGAAUCAAGACCAGAUCAUGCAAAAGGCGAUGCGGGUCGAGCAGAUGCACCAGCGCCACGAGAACUCCAUCACCGCCAUCCUCAACUUCCUGGCCAACGUCUUUAGGAAAUCGUUGGAGGGCAAGGGAAGCGCCGAGCAUUUGUCGGAGAUGUUGGCGAGCAUUCUCCCCCUGAGCGGACAGAAUGGCGUGGCUACCGGCACCGUCCAGGACCUCGGAGAUUUGGGAGAGUACCUGCAGCAGCAGGCUGUCCCCAGAACCUCCAUGAGCCCCGUUCCCCAGAAGCGACAGCAGCACCUCCUGCCUGGCAUCCCGGCUAAGAGCCCGUCUGCCACGGUAGGUCCACCAUCGCCCAGCCCUAUCAACGAGACGCCCGCUCCCAGUUACGAGGCACCGCAAUCGUCUCGCGUCACAGAGGUCUACGACGCCUCUCCGUCCGACACUACAUCGCCUGCCUACUACCGCAACGAGCUGCAGUCAAACCCUCAGGAGGCAAUGAUGAAGAUUAUGGGCGCUACCAAUGCUCAGAUGACCCCAGAUGUCAACCUGGCCGAGGUCGCAGCUGCGACCUCUGCAUCCAUGCCGAGCGAUCAGCGCAACCGCAUGCUGAACUCCAUGUCACAGCGGACGGUCUCGCCUGGUACCAACCGCCCCCCCUCGGCCUACCAUCCGCCCACCACCCAAGCGGCCAUCCCCAACGCAGCGGCCAUACCCAGCCCAUGGCUGAAUGUGGAUAAUAACAAUACCAACGCCAACUUCGACCUCAACGAUCUCAAUCACCAUGGCACGUUUGAGGGCGGCGACCCUACCAACUUUGACUUCAGCGUAACCGGUGCUGGUGCUCACGACUUCAUCCACGGCCAACAGACCACUGGCGACACCAGUCAUCUCGUUGAUGGUCUUCAUCCUACCACAGAGGCGCAGGAUACCCCGAGUCCUGCUGUCACGGAGGAGAUCCAGCGGUCUGACCUGGAUGGCCUCGACGUCCCUGCUGCGAAGCGCCGCCGUCAGGCCUAA